AGUCAGAGCAAGACGAGCAGGGUGGAGAAGGAGGGAUAGAGACAGAGGGGGAGGGAGGACUGAAAACUAGAGAAAGAAGAGAAGUGAAGGAGGAAAUGGGACACAGAUGAGGAGAACAAAGACUAUCAGAGGAACGCAGAGAACAAGAAGAACACACAACAACUUCUGAAUGGACAGACACACAGGCUGAAGGACAUCCAUCCAUGACAUGGCCUGUCCUCCCAGCAAAGGGACUGCGUGACAAGGGACCGUGAGAGGCCAAACAAUGAGAGACAUCCCAUGAAGGAGCAAGACAGAGGAGGACAAGAGAAGAAGAACUUCCAGAGAUAACCUGACAAUCAUCAACUGACACCCGGGACACCAUCCAGUCAGGAGAAUGAGGUUAGGUCAAGUCUGCCGGAUACAAGUAAUGGGAUUUGGCCUCAUCGUGCUUAUGGCCAUUGGACUCACCUUACAGCUUCUGGGCAUCCAUUUUCCAAAAAGUUCCACUCACAGCUCCGCCCUGCGGCUCUUAUCUUCUCUGCCUCCAUCUUCUCCACGGACUUGUCAACCUAAGAAGCACAUUGUGUUCCUGAAGACUCACAAGACGGCUGGAAGCACCAUACUGAACCUCCUGCACCGAUACGGGGACAAGAAUGGCUUAUUAUUUGCUUUUCCAUUUAAAUAUCAGUUCAGCUACCCAAACCUCUUCCACUCUCGCCGGGUGAAGGGCUUCAACUCUCUGAAAAGGCCGCAGUAUGACAUCCUGUGCCACCAUAUGCGCUUCAACCUCCCGGAGGUUCGGAAGGUUAUGCCUCCAGACUCCUUCUACUUCACGAUUCUCCGAGAUCCAGCCACCAUGGCCGAAUCUUCUUUCUCCUACUACCGUUCAGUGUCUUCAGCCUUCAAGAAGGCACCUAGUUUCAAAUCUUUUAUUUCCCAUCCAUCAUAUUACUACAGAGAAGGAGAGCGAUCCAACCACUACGCACGCAACCUCUUAUGGUUUGAUUUGGGGUUUAAUCCCAAUGCUCCAUUUACAGUGGCUCUGGCAAGAUCUGGAGCGCGGGCGGUGGAUGGGAUAUUCAAGUUGGUUCUUCUUGCAGAAUAUUUUGACGAAUCAAUGGUUCUCCUGAAAGAAGAGCUGUGCUGGAAUCUGGACGACGUGGUCACCUUUAAACUCAACAUUCGCGGGUUUUCCAGACCACUUGAACCAGAGGAAGUAAAAAAGCUUCGGGCAUGGAAUUCUCUAGACUGGUAUAUCUACGAGUACUUUAACCGUACCUUCUGGGACAAGGUGGAACGGUUCGGCAAAGAAAAGAUGGAUAAUGAGGUCAUGAGAUUGAGAGAAAGGAGACAACAGUUAGCUGAACUCUGUCUUGAGGAUUUGGAGCCCGUAGGGGCAGAGAACAUUAAGGAGGACGCCAUUAAACCCUUUCAGUUCGGACAGGAGAAAAUCCUAGGCUGGGCCGUAAGGAAGGACCUCCAGCCCUACAUUCGUAGUCAUUGUGUUCAAAUGGUCACUCCCGAGCUGCAGUAUAAAGACUUAUUGGAUGCACGCCAAUUUCCAACAGGCUUACCGAAUAGGACUGAACCAGUAGUGACGCCUGCAAAGGCAGCAGCUCAGUGAGAGAACCACAAGCAGCCAAC